AUGGCUGCCCCGGCGCCCGUCGGCCCUUCGGGCUCCCGCCGCGCUCCAGUGCCUGGCUGCCUCCGCCUGCUCCCGCUCCUGGCACUCGUGCAGCUGCUGGCCGUGCCCAGCUUGGGCCGCGUCCACCACCUGGCGCUCAAGGAUGACGUGCGGCAUAAGGUGCACCUCAACACCUUUGGGUUCUUCAAGGACGGGUACAUGGCGGUCAAUGUCAGCAGCCUGUCGGUGAGCGAGCCCGAAGGAGCCACAGACAAGGACGCGGCCAUUGGAUUCAGCCUAGAGCGUACGAAGAAUGACGGCUUUUCCUCCUACCUGGAUGAAGAUGUGAAUUACUGUAUUUUGAAGAAGCAGUCCGUCUCCGUCACUCUUCUGAUCCUAGACAUCCCCCGAAGUGAAGUGAAAGUGAAGUCUCCGUUGGAAGCCGGUGCCCCCUUGCCAGUGGUCGUGGUCAGCAGGGACGAGAGAGUCCUAGGUCCAAGCCGGAAGUCUGAUGGGGACCCCGUGCCCACGGCAGGCAACCACUCCCAGGGAGUGCCAGGCAAUGUGAAGGCUAAGAGAAGCACCGUGGAUGCAAAGGCACCUGGUGAGAAAUCCUUUUCCAUCCAUAACAGCGACGGUGCCGUGUCCUUCCAGUUCUUCGUUAACAUCAGCACUGAUGACCAGGAAGGCCAGUACAGCCUGUACUUUCACAAAUGCCCUGGGAAGGAGCUGCCAGCCGGGGGCCAGUUCUCCUUCAGCCUUGAUAUUGAGAUCACGGAGAAGAACCCUGACAGCUACCUCUCAGCGGGGGAGAUUCCUCUGCCCAAACUCUACAUCUCCAUGGCCUUCUUCUUCUUCCUGGCGGGCACCGUCUGGGUUCACAUCCUUCGGAAGAGGAGGAACGAUGUGUUUAAAAUCCACUGGCUGAUGGCGGCCCUUCCGUUCACCAAGUCUCUCUCCUUGGUGUUUCAUGCAAUCGACUACCACUACAUCUCGUCCCAGGGCUUUCCCAUCGAAGGCUGGGCCGUCGUGUACUACAUCACUCACCUGCUGAAGGGGGCGCUGCUGUUCAUCACCAUAGCACUCAUCGGCACCGGCUGGGCAUUCAUCAAGCACAUCCUCUCGGAUAAGGACAAGAAGAUCUUCAUGAUUGUCAUCCCGCUCCAGGUGCUGGCCAACGUGGCUUAUAUCAUCAUAGAGUCGACCGAGGCCGGCACUACCGAGUACAGCCUGUGGAAGGACUCACUGUUCCUGGUUGAUCUGCUGUGCUGCGGGGCCAUCCUCUUUCCUGUAGUAUGGUCCAUCCGACACUUGCAGGAAGCGUCAGCCACCGAUGGCAAAGGCAAGUGCAUGGGCCCUGUUCAGCAGAGGGCCUGCCUGGGUGCAGGAGCAAGGGCAGCUGCCAUUAACCUAGCCAAGCUGAAGCUUUUCCGACACUACUAUGUCUUGAUCGUGUGUUACAUCUACUUCACCCGGAUCAUCGCCUUCCUCCUGAAGCUGGCCGUGCCCUUCCAGUGGAAGUGGCUCUACCAGCUCCUGGACGAGACGGCCACACUGGUGUUCUUCAUUCUCACGGGCUACAAAUUCCGCCCGGCGUCUGACAACCCGUACCUGCAGCUGUCGCAGGAAGACGACGACCUGGAAAUGGAAUCAGUAGUGACAGCGUCGGGGGUGACAGAGAGCGUGAAGAAGGUCAGGAAGACGACCAACGGCUCCCUGGAGCCCCCAGGCGGCUGGGCGGGCACGGCGUGAUGCCCCCGAGCCUGGCACCCCACACAGACUGUUCACGUGUCGAUGGGCCUGCUGGCGAUCCAGGGCACCUCCCGCCAGCGACCGCAACCACGUGGGCUCGUGGCUGGAGCCAGGGGCCACGCGGCCCACUCCGGCCUGUCGCUUUGGAACUGGGUCUGCGGCUGGUGGCAGGCAGCUAGCAUUCUUCCCCUCAGGUGGGAGCGGCUCGUGGGGAGGGAGGGAGACAGGAGGAGGAUAAAGGGAAGAAGAAUCUUUUUAA